AAAAAAUAGUUACAAGAUGGCGACCAACAGCCUCCUGAACACUGGAAAACAAUAGAGACUCGCAGCGGGGCAGAGCCUAUUUCUUUAUCGUCUGCCUUUUCUUUUUCAAGUCGAGUCAAACCCGGGGACAGUAGCUGGCUGUGUGUACUUUACGACUUCUGAAGCAGAUUGGGAAGAGAAAGAGAAUUUAUAAUGCUUUGUUUGAGGGCUAGUUAGCAAGCAGGCUAAGCUACAUCCGUAGCUGUAAUGUAACAGUGAGGAUCAGCUGUUAGCCGCACUGCUACUUUAAAAGUUACUUUUACUACUAAAACUCGCUCGUAAGUCUCAGAGUUAGUGUUUUUGGGCUGAAUGGAUGUAAUGUAUGAGGCUUUGUUCAUCACUUUCUAAACUUUCGUCGAUUGGUUUUAUUUCAAGUACGUCUUUGGUCAACUUCAACUGUGAGGUAAAAAAAAAAAUAUUUUUAUUCUGUUGCUAAAAUUUCUCUAAAAUAGAGAAAAGUCGAUUUAACGACGUGUCGUGUCGCGUUUAUAAACGAGAGGUAACGUUAAAUAUUCACGUUUUAUACGUUUUCAAAAAGAGAUAACUUAAGCAUAAGUUUUGACUCCUCUUAAACUUUUCUCUAAAUUAUGUAACGUUACAAGUUUAAACAAAUGUAACUUUUAAGAUGCAAACGCUAUUGUUAGGGGAUGCUUUCAUUCAUAAAGUCGUAGUUUUUAACUUAAUUCUGUCCAGUGUCAGGAUUACAGUUAUAUAAGGAAUAUUGUUCACUGAUUUGUGUCGUUUGGUUAAAAGGAAAGUUUAGAGUUUUUGCGUUUGGACUCUUCUGGAUAUAAUCGCACAAAUCUGAACUAUGUGCCGUUUCUUUUGUUGUUCAAGGAGGCAGAUAGUGAUAAAGAUGGAGGCAGUUGAGUGUGUUUGGUAAAGACACACACACACAGCUCUGAAACAGCACGAUCUGUCCUGAGAGUUGUGCUGGACUCCGGAGACUCGAGUGAGUUUAUAAACGCGGUUCUUCUGGAUGAUGGCGGAUUUCGUGGUGCCGCGGCACAGCGCGGUGAUGGAGCGGCUGCGGCGGCGCAUCGAGCUCUUCCGGCGGCAUCACAACGGCUGUGAGAAGCGCUAUGACAGCACGGCCGUGGAGCGGCUGGAGAUGGAGAGACAGCAGACGUACGCGCUGCAUCCGCGCUGCCUGCAGACCAAGCUCAAGCGCCCGAACAACAAGCACCGGCAGCCGGCGGCGGCGAGCGCGGACCCCGCGGGGCAGAGAGGCACUGGCGGCGGCGGGGGAACCGGCACGGACCCGGCGGACGGAGCGAGCGGAACAACCGGGGAGCAGAGCAGAAACAGCACGCUGAUCGCGUUACAGGAGACUGUCAAGAGGAAGUUGGAUAAUGCUGGUUCACCCCAUGGCCGUGACCAGGUCAAUGGUUUCACCGAUGGCUACCCGCCAAAUAAAAAAGCCUGUAAUAAGGAUGCAUUGGGGGGUCUUAAUGGGGUCUCGAAUGGCACAGUGCAUCCUCUCUCAUCUUUGGACUCCAAACAUAACGUGAGUACCGAAGCCAUGAUGGCCAAUGGGAACCACAGAUCGGUUGGUGCAGAGCACAACGGGUCCGGUUUAACUGAUAGCGGUGCAUCACGUGGCUCAGAGUCCGAUUUCCGCCUGAAAGAAAUGAAGCAAGAGCCGGUGGAUGAUAUCUUGCCCUGCAUACUUCCUGGUGGAGGUAUGAAUGGAAACAACAGCCUCUUCCCUGACCUCAACCUCAACGAUCAGGACUGGAGUGAGAUCAUGGAGGAGUUCAACCGCUACGUACCCUACGAGGACUUCCAGGAGCUCUUCAGUGACAGUUUUGGAGAUCGUAAGGACCCCGAGCUCCCAUCCGCCAGUGCAGGUCAGAGCUUGAUGCAGCCAGAUCUGGCUAGCGUGAAGACUGAAUUUUCCCCCGCUACGGCUUUCGAUCAAGACUCUUGCAAUGGUUCACCUCAGGUGAGACCCACCUCAUCUGGACCCCCCGUUCACACCAACUCCCCUGCAACGGCUCCGGCCACAUCGCCGGCCCUUCCAGUGCAGCAUCAGUCCACCAGACAACUCCCAAAUCACCUGCUGCCCGCCCCACCCAAAGACCUGUCCCCCGCGCAGCAACUGAAGCAGUUAGCGGCACGUGAGCAGCAGAGGGCGAUAUUGCAGCAGCAUGUGGUUCAGAAACCACUUCAACAACAAAAACCACAGCAACAGCAAGCGGCGAAAUUCCACCAGCAGCCCAUCCACUCAACAUCUUGGCCCCAAAAUGCUCCCACACAAAGUCAAAUGGGCGGAACCUUUGGCAUUGAGAAGUCCACCAGUCCUUCUUCGUACCCGCAAGACUUCCCUAACCCCAAGACCCUGCUCAUGCCCAACAAGGGUUCUCCCAAAGCAGGCGCUCCAGCCAGUUACAUGCAGCCCAGUGGGCACGCCAACAUGUUAAGUCACCCAGCCACACCCACGGGGCACCUCAACCACCCAUCCAACCCAGGAGCCCAGGCUGCCAUGCUGGACUACAGUAACACUAAACCCCUGUCCCAUUACGAGGCUGGAGCGCCUGGUGCCCCCAGGGGCCCUCCGGCCACACCGAACCAGAACAAACAGAACCAGGCCAUCCUGAACCUGAUGCUACAACAGCAGAUGGCGAAGCAGAGGCCAGCCAGCAUGAACUUCAGACCAGCGCACCACCAGCAUGCUCCGGAUUCAGGGUCGUACCCCUCCAGCGCUCAUGUUCCCGGCCCGGGGAACACGAUGACCCCACAGCAGAGCAGCAGCAGCAUCCCGGCGAACCACAGUAACACGGCCUACAUGAAGCAGCAGCAGCAGCAGAUGCAGUUCCUCCAGAGACAGAUGAUGCUCGAGCAGGAGAAGCAGCGGCAGCAGGAACAGCAGCUGCAGAGACAUCUGACCCGUCCACCGCCUCAGUACCAGGACCAGCAGAACCCAUUCCAGCAGCAGCAGGGGUCUCAGUUCCCCGGUGUGCCUCCCUGCCUGGCCCAGCAGCACUCCUCCGGCUUCAGCGAGCACAACAUCAACGGUGUGUCUCAACAAGUAGGAACCGUCAACUCUUUGAGUGGCCCCACCCCUGGAACGCAACGGAUGUUCUCUCAGGCACAAGGCAUGAUGGGAAUGGGAGUUGGCCAGAAUACUGGACCAACCACUGGUAACCCUCCAGCCGCCGGUCAAGCAGACAUGAACCUCUCAUCCUGUGCAGGCGGUCUCGACGUGCAACAGGUCCUCUACGGCAACAUGCCCAUGCAUCCCUCCCACCCCAACCAGCAGAGACCGCCGGUGUCCUCAAUGUCUGCCGCUUACCGCCAGAAUGUUCUAGCAGCCCAGCAACAAGCACACUUGAAAAACCAGCCCAAUGCUGCUAUGCUGAAACAACAGCAACAGCAGCAGCAGCAGCAGCAGCAGCUGGCCCGUAUGCCCAACACCUUGGCUAAUAACAUGGGCUCUGCUAUGCCCAGCUCCAUGCCAACCAGUAUCCAGGGUGCCUUGCCCUCACAGGCCCAAUCAUGGCAGCAGCAGCAGCCCCAGCAGCAUCCAGGUCUCCAGCCCGGCUCUGCUAACGGAGGCUUGCCAGCAGGUUUCCCCAACUCUGGUUUCCAGAUGCAGUCGAGAUUGUCCAAACUUUCCAACAACACCCCAUUUCCCCAGGGUGGCAUGGGAAACAGUGCAGCUGGUAGGACCCUGGCAGGAAUGAAUCCUGGACAAAUGAUGCCUAACAUGAACCAGCAACGGACCAAUAACCCAGGCAUGUCCCAACAGCUGCCCGCUCCUGGCCAGCAGACGGUCCAGCAGGGGCAGCAGCAAGCGCCGCCUCAACCUCAGCAGGUUCUGCCUGACUUGGGGACCUAUAGCCAGCCACAGGGUGGACCCAACCCCACCGCAGGACUUCAGUGCAGUCAGGCCUAUCAGCUGAACAGAACAGCCAAUCAGCAGCUCCAGUUUAGCUACAGCACCCAAUCAGGAAGCAGCUUGUCCGGGUUUUCCACUGAGACCGACCUGGUGGACUCUCUGUUAAAGAAUCAGACAACACAAGAGUGGAUGGAUGAUCUAGAUGAGCUGUUGGCCAGUCACCAAUGAGCGAUGGCC